AUGAGUGGUGUUCCUCAGGUUCUCGUUGACAAGCUUUUAUCGUCCGUACCUACACAAGACUUCACUAUCUCCUCUGAGGAUUCAGUUGAUGGCUAUCAAGAGAGGCGUACUCAGAAGCCGGAUAUUACGAUGCCAAAGGAGCUAACCCCACUUGUUGCAGAAUUUCUUAGACGACAAGAAAGCCAGGAUGGGGAGAGUAAUGACAGGGAAACUGUUCUUGACAUCUGGGACUUUGCUGGUCAGCACUUGUACUACGCUACGCACCCCGUUUUCUUCUCCCAUAAAGCUGUUUAUCUUCUGGUUCACAACUUGAGCAAAAACCUGGAUGAACUGGCAGAACCAUCAGUUAAGCAUGGAGGGCAUACCGUGCCUCUGACGAACACCUCUAAUGAGACCAAUCUGGACAUGUUAUUGUCCUGGUUGGUGUCUAUUCACAGCAUCCGCCAUCCCUCAGUGGAUCAUGACUUUAUAAACACUUGUAGAUCAACCCUUCGUUGUCUACCCCCUCCUGUGCUUUUAGUAGGGACACAUGCUGACAAGGUCUCUGCAGGACAUAUAGAAGAGGCACAUGCUAAGAUCACGUCAAACUUAAAAGGCAAAGCAUUCCAGGAGCAUGUGUUGGGUCCAUUUUAUAGAGUGGACAACACCAAGUCAUCUGACUCACCUGGUGUCAGAGAUAUACAAUUAAAAGUUUGGGACAUUUUGUCAUCCGGUUUGGAUUGUUUUGCAGACUUGCCUGUCAAGUGGUUCAACUUUGAAAAGGCUCUGAAGGAACUGGCCACUGAAAAGUUUUAUUUGACACUUAGUGAAAUACAGAACGUUGCACGGCGAGACUGUUUCAUCGAAGAUGACAAACAGCUUGACGCCAUGUUGAAUUAUUACCACGACUUGGGACUGAUUGUGCGUUUCAGGGAUACAGUUGUCCUUGAUACUCAGUGGCUGAUAAAUCUCUUCAAAAAUCUCAGCACUAUUCGACCUUAUCAAGAGCAGGUUGGUCUGCCAAAAUAAUUUUUAUGCAGAAUGUUAAAAUUGAUCCAGUUCAGUACUCUGGUGCAUCAAGUAUAGUAAGGGUAAAUAUUGAUGAAUAGGUGAACUUUUUAAUGGAAAUUGUAGACUGUUCAUACAUUUACUACCCUAUUGUUCCGUAAGGUAGUUGAGAUCGAGCGCCUACUGUGAUGAGAGGUCAUCUUGGUUUCAAAAGCAUCAAAUCUACUGGGGGACGUAGGGACAGGUAAAACCCUACACCCGCUCCCACAAUACGUAUGAAACCAAGAUGGAUGCUCAUUGCAGUAAGCACUCAAUCUCGAAGAUCUUACGUUGUGAAGCGAAGAUAAUGAAAGAAACCACAUAUCAAUUUUAUUAGAAAGUUUCUGUGGUACACUCCUUGCUUUCUUAAGGUAAUGGAGUUCAAUGCAACAACAUUCAUCAACGACUACAUGAUCUUUAAGGCUGCCAUGAAAAGAAAACUUUUGGUCUGUGAAACUAACGAAAAAGCACGUAAACUUAAUAUGAACCAAUAUUGUUAGAAAUGCUCGCUUUGUAUUUACAAAAGCCACGCCUGGCUGGUUAUUUUUCUUGCUCUCUCAUUUCUAGACUAUGAAACAAGCAUCAUGCCUGUCUUUAUUCAUUCAAAUCGUUUCCCGUUUGUGAUUGGCCUAAAUCUCCCGGGUUUUUUUCUUGCUGACGUUCAAGUUUGGACAAUUUACGUCAUUUGUCUAUAAAUUUUUUUGUUAUUAGGCGAAUGACGUACCGUAACAGAAAGCUGAAAAAGCAAAAAAUAUUUGGAGGAGAUUUCAUGUGGUUAUGAACAAUAGUGGACUGCAUGCAAGGAAUCGUUGCUUGAGAGUGAAAAAUUUAAUGACCAAAAUUGUAGCCUCAGUUCUUGUGAUACAUUCUGGGCUAAUGGGAACUAAAGGCAAACAAUAGCUUGUAAUGUUUUAAAAAGGACGAAAAAAUGUUCUAAAAAAGUUCUGAAACUAAAUAUAAGUACAUUGUUUCAUUUUUACCAGGAUCCUGUAGAUCGUGAACUUUGGGAGAAGCUUGAAACCACUGGUGUUUUGCACAAGCACCUUAUCGACAGAGUAUUCAAAGAUAAUUUACAAGGCAAUGGAAACAAAUCACUACAGCAAAGUGUUUUGCACAUGAUGGAGAUGUACGGUUUUCUUGCACGGUUUUGUCCUGGCAACCAUUCAGACACAGAAGCGACAGAAGAGACCAAGUACUUUGUGCCAGCGCAACUGGGAAAGUCAGUGGGUGACCUGUGGUCCCUUACACCACAGGACAGUGAUCCAUGCCCACUUGUUUUUACGUUCUGUGGUGGAUUUGUCCCCCAUGGCUUGUUUCCACAACUUGUUUCUCGUCUUAUUGCACGAUCCUCGGAGCUGAAGUGUGUUCAAGCACCCAAACUGUAUUGCAAUGGUGCGCACUUCUUUCUAGGUCAGAAAAGUGAAUUUGAUCUUGUUCUUCUUUGUAGUAAGCGUGGCAUCAAGCUGGUGUUUAAAUGUUAUAAAAAUGCUUCGACUAACCGGGAAGACCUGUCGACAGACUCUCCUGCCGUCAAAGUAAGAACUUUAUUCCAAGAAGAACUGGAAAGCUUAUGCAGACAGUGGCACUGUUUUGGCAAUGUACGUUAUGAAAUUUGUGUUGUGUGCUUGGCGUGUACGCGCAGUUCAAAAAUCCAAUGUGAACGUCAUAAAUCAGCUUCAUGUUCAGAUCAGGACUGCUUGCAUCUGCUUCCCAUCACAAAUGUUGAACCUGAGACAUUAUUGACCUGCCCUAAACAGAUUGGCGAUGUGUCGCGAUUCACAUUGACUGGUCUUCACAAGUGGUAUCCCUGUGUCAAAUCCGAGGUGAGUAUUAUUUACUUAAUGUCAGGUCAGGAGGGAAACAUUUUUGUUUUCUGGAGUGUCCUGAUAUGUCCCGAGACGAAGUCGAGAGAAACAAAAGGAAAACAAAACUAAAACUUUUCCCGAGGGAACUGACUAGUGUAAAAAGUGUACAUGAUACGUACAAGAAAUUCCUAAUAAUAGAGUAAGAAUAAAACCUAAUAAAUUAAUACAAGGAAAUGAAAUAUCGAACCUAUUAACAAUUAAAACUACUUUAAACUCAUCGCUAAUGAUGAGCUUGGGAGCAGGUGCCUUAAAGGUUAUUGGGGGGCCAAAUGCAAUAAGCAGAGAGGAGGUAUCCAUGGCAACCCUGGAAGCGGGAACCACCCCAAGAGCAGCCACUAACCGGCACCGUCACACUGAAUAAAUUCAGUGGAUACUUACCUAAGAGAAUACUUACCUGAGAAAAUACUUACCAAACCACCAGGCAGGGAGGGAGGAGAGGGAGCAAGAAUCCGCAAUGAUUCGCAAGAAGGCAAACAUUGAUCCGCUACGAUCAGCAAGAAUCCGCAAUGAUUCGCAAGAAGGCUAACAAUGAUCCGCUACGAUCAGCAAGCAAAGCUACAAUGCAAAGCAACACUAGCAAAAGGGCACACAAGGAGCCCUGCGAUUCCCCGCGGGCCGUCCCGUAGGUCACAUACUGAAGUGGGAGAAGACCGCUGGCUAACUCGCUCGAGUUUAACUUUGCCUAAAUUAUAUUUAGCCACAUGUAAAAUUCCGAAAAUAAGCCCGGGGCUUAUAUUUUUCAAAGGCCCUUUUUGAGUGGUUUAUCUAUGGAGAGAAUUUGCGUUUUAAAAUCGAUUGGGCUAGCCCCAUAGUUGGAAGGAAAUUUACCGUUUUUGCUUUGUUUUACUUUGUAUUGGCGGGCAAAUAUAAGGCCCCCAAACUCCUAACGCAAAAAAUCAACAUGGAGGUGCUUAUUUUCGGAAUAUUACGGUAUUCUCCAUGAUAAAAGGGUUUUGAGCCGACUAGGGUAAUUACAAAUAGCUAGGAUAGGCUGGGCCGGGAUUUUAAACAGUAAGUCUUUCCAUCCAAAUUUUUUUUUUUUUCAUGCAGAAGUGAAGUGCGUUCCUAGGAAAUUAGUAUUCUCCUAACAUCUUAUUUAUAAUCUUUUAAGCGCCCAACGAGGCUACUAUUUAUGUGUUAAAAUUCAACGUAAAAGUGAGGCAAAGGACGCGAAUUCACCUGUUUAUUUAUACACCGAUUUAUUCAUUUUGUUUGUGUCCUAUAACCUCACAAAGAAGUUGAAUGAAGCGAAAAUAGCCUAUUAUAGAAUGGGUUUCACUUCUCAGAGUUUUCACAGGUUUAUCGACCCCACUGCUAAAUUCCUGGCGGAAUAAUCCAAAUUACAGUUACAGGUGAAAAGGAAGCUGGAGUGGACCUUGUUUUGAAACUUCCCUUCCUGCUUUAUUAUUAAUUUAAAAUCAUGUUGUUCUUAUUAUAAGUAGUAGUUUUUAAGCAUGGUUUUCACAAGAAGAGGAAGGAGGUUUGUAUUAGAACAAGGUCAACCACAGUCUCACGUUCACUCAAAGGCUUGGAUACUAAGCUAACACCAGUAAAAUGGACUGUCGCCACUUCCACAUUUCCCAUAAUGCACCUUAUAUGCCCCCCAAUUUCUCUUGUGACGGCUGUAAAACCUAGGAGAAAUGAAAACCAAAGGGUAUGCAAAAUUUGGGGGGCAAAUAAGGUGCAGUAUGGGAAAUGUGGCGUAUUAGCUUCUUUACGCAAGUCAAAGGUUUUGAGUUUCGUAGUAUCUGAGCGUGUUUUUUGCACGAGAUACUGAAGUUAAAUAAAUUUUAUCCUAUUCACCUAAAAUUAACUUCUAUGUAAUUUGAAGAUUUUUUCGUUUCAACAUAAUCAGCCAGCGAGAAACCAUAUAAACGCUAAACGAUAGAAGUGCUUCCUUGGUAACACGUCAAAGGGGCAGGACGCGACAGCUGGUAACUGAUUUGUGUUUUGGUCUUUUCUCACAAGGAAAAACCUCACGAAAACCAACGCAAACUACGAAAGGUUGCAGACAUCGAUAUUCUCAAUCUGGCAGGUGAAAUCACGUGCAAGAAAUGGAAAGUUAUUGGACGAAUCUUGGGUCUUACAGAUCCUCAACUGGAUCAGAUAGAGAUGAACAAGCAAAACGACGUGUACGAGCAAUGUUACGAGAUGCUGAAAACCUGGAGAAACAAUCAGAGUUCUGCUGCAACCUGCGAACAGCUUAAAGAAGCAUUGUGCCAUAAAAUUGUCAUGAAAAAUGAAGUAGCAGAACGUUUUUGCUACGCGGAAAUUGAGUAA